AUCAGGAAGUCAUUUGAGAAGGAGCACUUCAACUCUCCUCUCUCUCUGUUGUUAGUGAAAUGGCUGAGGACAGUAAUAUUUCAGUGGACCAUCUUCAAUUCAGCUGUUCGAUCUGCCUGGAUUUGCUGAAGGACCCAGUAACUACUCCAUGUGGACACAGCUUUUGUAUGGUGUGUAUUAAUGACUUUUGGGAUCAGCCUCUUCAGAAGGGGGUUUACAGCUGCCCUCAGUGCAGAGAGACGUUCAUGCCGAGACCUGUCCUGCGUAGGAAUAACGUCAUGGCUGAAGUGGUGGAGAAGCUCAAGUGGAAAGACCUAAGCAGUGCUUCUGCUUCUCGUUAUAGCUCAGAAUCGGGAGAUGUGGAGUGUGACAUCUGUUCUGAGAGCAAAGAAAAGGCUGUCAGGUCCUGUCUAGUGUGUCUGGCUUCUUUCUGUAAGACUCACCUCAAACCUCACUACGAAUCUCCUGCUUUUAAGAAGCAUAAGCUAGUCCAAGCAUGCAAACAACUGCAGAAAAAAAUCUGUGCUCGUCAUGAUAAACUGAUAGACUUCUACUGUCGAACAGACCAGACAAUCAUUUGUGCAUUGUGUAGGUUAGAUGAACAUAAAGGCCACAAUAUGGUGUCGGCUGCUUCAGAAAGAAGUGAAAAACAGAAGGAGAUAAGGGAUAUGCAGAGGAAAUCCCAGCAGAAAAUCAUGGAGAAGGAGAAGAAACUGCAAGACCUUCAGCAGGCAGUGAACACUCUUAAGAGCUCUUCACAGGCAGCGGUGGGGGAAAGUGAGAGAAUCUUUACCGAGCUGCUUCUCUUCAUUGAAGAAAAGUGUUAUGAGGUGACCGAACUCAUCAGAGCUCAGGAGAGAUCUGAACUGGAUCAAGCCACUGGACUGCAGCAGCAGCUGGAGCAAGAGAUUGCUGACCUGAAGAAGAGAGACACUGAGCUGCAGCUGCUAUCAGACACAGAGGAUCAUGUGUAUUUCCUCCAGAGCUUCCAGACCAUCUGGUCCACUUCUAAAGCUAAGGACUUAUCCCGGAUGUCUAUAAAUCAACAUAUUUCAUUUGAAGGAGUGAGGAAAUGUAUCUCGGACCUGAAAGAGCAAUUUGAGGAAUGCUGCAAAGAUAAAUUCAACCAAAUCAAUCCAAAUGUUGCCAAAAUUCAGAUGAUUUUACCCUGUGAACCAAAGACAAGAGAAGAAUUUCUCCAGUAUUUUUGUCACCUGACCCUGGACCCCAACACUGUAAACGAGGCACUGUGGCUUACUGAUAACCAGAGGAAAGUGUCACGCAGUGGGAAAUUAAACCCGUACCCUAGUCAUCCAGAGAGAUUUGAUGGUUAUGGUCAGGUGCUGUGUAAACAGAGUGUAUGUGGACGCUGUUACUGGGAGGUUGAAUGGAGCAGGGGUGGAUGGGUGUACAUCUCAGUCGCGUAUAAAGGGAUCAGCAGGAAAGGACGCGGUAAGGAAUGUUGGUUUGGACACAACACUCAGUCCUGGAGUCUGGAGUGCAGUUCCACUCUGUCGUUCUGGCACAGUGACAUUCAGACAAAGAUCAGUGGCCCCUUGUCCUCCAGAAUUGGAGUGUAUGUAGACCAUAGUGCAGGAACUCUGUCUUUCUACAGCGUCUCAGACACAAUGAAUCUUCUAUACAGAGUCCAGACCAUAUUCACUGAGUCACUCUACCCUGGUUUUUGGGUCAAUGCACUUGCAACUGCCAAGUUAUGUUACUCUGUGGACUGACAAAAACAUUUUAGAAUGUGUUCUGCAAUCUGAAUACACAAUCUGCAGCUGUGUUAUGCAAUUGUGUAAAUGAUUACACAUGGUUAUAUUUUAUUAUUGGGAUUGGAUUGUGAAGCUGGUAUGUUGUGGUGGGACAGUGGUUAAGGUUCUGGGCUAUUGAUUGGAAAGUGGAGAGUUCAAAUCCUGAUGCUACCACUGUUGGGCAAGUUCUGUAACCCUUAAUGAACCUUUGUGGUUCAGCCAGAUAAAAUUGUCUGCCAGCCGAAUAAAUAUAAUUAACAUAAGAACAAAUUUUUAACCAAUUUAAAUGUUUGUUACUAUAAACCAGUAUGUAAAAAUAAUGACGAUAUAAUAGAUAUUUAUUUCUUUUUCAAUGUAAUUUACCAAUGCAGCAAAUAGAAACUGUUUUAUGUUUCAUCCUGAUAUUUAUGCUCACGGAGAAUCUGUUUUAUGGCUAUGAUAAUGUAUGUCAAACUUGUGAAAAUUCGUGUGUGUGUGUGUGUGUGUGUGUGUGUGUAUGUGUGUGUGUGUGUGUGUGUGAGAGAGAGAAAGAGAGAGAGAGAGAGAGAGAGAGAGAGAGAGAGAGUUUAGCUAUUAAGAAUACCAUUUUAUUCUUGUAAGUAGAACAUGUGUGGGGGUUUUAUAUGUAACCUGAUCAAAGUAAAACAUCUAAGGCAAGUACUAAGAGAGAAUGUGGUGUUAAUUUUGUGUUCUAAUUUAAGCAUAUUAAAUUAACCAUAAGUCAAACAAGGUA